UCCUUUACUGAAAAAUGAAUGAAAAAUUAAGUGCGUUAAAAUUAUAAUUAAACGGUGUAACGAAGAGCAGUUUAAAAAAAAAAUGUUUUAUAUGUAAUAAGUGUUAGGUACUUAAUAAUAUACUUACAUUAGCAAAAUGCAAAAUACUGUUGAACAAAGAAUGCGUUUCGUUGAAUUAACGGACUGAACUGAAAUGAAGACAAACAAACGAAAAAAAUACCUUUUUCUAUUUUUCGAUUCUCCUUAUUUUAAGUGUAACAUAUUUAAAUACUUGAAAAUUGCGGAAGCAUGAAUGUUCUCGUUCAAGGAACACCAAAUAUACCCAAGGAUUCAAGAACAAUAUCAACGCAGGAAGAUCCUUUUGUCGAUUUAAAAGAGGAACACCGACCGUUACCAGUUUCAUUUUAGAGAACUAACUAUCGAAGGAAAUCGUUUCGAUUUAUCGGAUCGAUCAAUUAAGAACAAUCUUCACUUUGAUGUAUUUAAGAUCGCAAGGAUAGAAUUCAAACAAGUGAAAUAAAAUAAUGAAGAAAAUACUGACGUACUCGAGAGAAUGCAAAUAUUUGAUCUCAGCGAAGAAUUCUUCGUUUGCUGUUAACAUUAAUAGAGGGCAACCAUUAAUUUAGGGUAGUUGAAAUGUUAUUUUUUGAUUAAUGUAAUGAUCCCUACGUAAGAAAAAAGAAGAAAACUACCGGCCUGUGAUAUUAUAUCGUGAUAUACAUAUUAUAGUGAUACCAUAUAUCAUUUUUAUUGAUCUCAGCCUUACCGACACAUGAUAAGACUUACAAAAUAAGACGUUUAAUUAAAAGUGAAAUAACUCGUGCUUUAAGAAGAGAAAAAAAAAUUGGAAAAAAUAUUUGUAACAUCGAAUGAAAUGUUACACCUUUUGAAAAUAAUAAUUAAAUAAUAUCUGUGCUGGAAAACGAAGUUAUACUAAGAAGAUGUUUGCAUACCGGCUACACACAUUAAUGUGUUUAACGAUCGUGAUAACGAUCUUAAUGCCGGAAACGGAACAUGCACGAUCAGACGUGUUUCAGGAAAGGCAAAAACGACAAACCGUAACCGAACCACGUCAAUAUUGCGGCCAAAGUUUGCCGGAAAAUUUACAUAUGAUCUGUGCUGGAAAUUACAAUUCACGGUUUAAGAAAAGCAAUCAAGAAAUGGAGACGGACGACUACGCAUUUAAUUACGAUGUGCAUCCUUAUAAAUCUAUCAAGAAUGCAAGAAAAAUGUUAAGAUUCCGAAGAUAUACAAAGGGAAUUCAUGAGGAAUGUUGUGUAAAGUCUUGCUCAACAGAGGAGCUGCGCACCUAUUGCGGCACUUUUAAUUGAAGCAUGGCAAACGAACUGAGAAAAAUUAAAAUAUCCUUUUAUUAUUUUCUUAAUAUCAAUGUUAUACUUGGAAUAUUUAUUUCACGUUUAUUUUAUUUAAAACGAUAGCGUGAAUAGAAUAUUUUGUUAUCUAAUCUUGAAUAUGCUGUAAUUUUCAAUUAACAGCAUAGAUUUUAUAUUUUGAUAUUUGUAAAACAAAAGGAUUACUUUUCUUCGAAACUAAACCACCCUUCGUCUUUCAUAUUUAAUAAGUUUUACACGUAUACGUUUGUGAAUGCUUACUUAUAUGUAUAUAGUUUUUAAUUAUAUAUAUUAUGUAAAAUGUGCAAAAAAUUUUAAUAUUGAACGAUAUCGUUCUAAAAAGUUAAAAGCUUGUGAAAAUUAAUUAUAUAUUAUGUAUAUAUGAUAUACAUAUUUGCUAUUCAUUUUUCAAUAUUUGUUUAGAUUAAUUAAAAAUCUCUAAUCAUAACUAAUAUGGAAUAAUUGAAGAUGAUUGCGAUGGCGUUGGGGUGCAAUCACUUGAAUCUUGAAAAUUUAUUGUGCAUAAAAUUUGAUCUCAUUUGUACUUAACCGAUAUAAUAUGUGUAUAUACUAUGUAAAAGCAAAUUAAAUGCUCGUAAUUAAACAUGCAUUCAUUUA